AUGUGCACAGUCUAUUACCCAUCUCUCCUGAGCCCAGGUCAUUCGGAAUCACUCAGACUGCUGAGUGGAGAGAGCCGGUGUGAUGGGAGAGUUGAGAUUUCCCUCCAUGGUGUGUGGGGCAGAGUGCUGGAUGACCAGUGGGACAUGAACGAUGCCAGUGUGGUGUGCAGGCAGCUCCAGUGCGGAGUUGCUGAGAAAGCUUAUAACCCCCCCAAGUCUGGGCGAGGAACGGGCCCCGUGGGGCUGAGAAGUGUCCAGUGUGCAGGAAAUGAGACUCGUCUGACUCUCUGCAACAUCUCCAUAUUUGAGACAGCCCAGGCAGGAAUUACUGAGGAUGUCGGUGUCGUUUGCUCAGGGAGCAGGCGGAUCAGGCUGGCGAAUGGGCCGGGACGCUGUGCCGGGAGAGUGGAGAUUUAUUACAAUGGCACUUGGGGAACAGUCUGUGAUGAUUCCUGGGACCUUCCAGACUCCAAUGUUGUUUGCAAUCAACUGGGAUGUGGACACGCCAUCGAUGCAACUGUCUCUGCUCAUUAUGGGCAAGGAUCUGGGCAGAUCCGGCUGGAUGAUGUGAACUGCUCUGGGAAUGAAUCUGAUCUCUGGGACUGUCCUUCCGGGGGCUGGGACCAGCACAACUGCAGACAUAAAGAGGACGCAGGAGUUCUCUGCUCAGAGUUCACAGAUCUGAGGCUGGUGAGCGACAGUGACUGUGCUGGGCGGCUGGAAGUUUUCUACAAUGGGACAUGGGGCAGUGUUUGCCACAGUCCUAUGGAUGCAGCCACCAGGGCACUUAUAUGCAAACAUUUGGACUGUGGAGACAGUGGGAUUCUUGAAAAAGACUUUACAUAUGGAAUAGGCUCUGGCCCCACUUGGGUGGAUGGUAUUCGGUGCGAUAAGCAGCACGGUUCCCUAUGGGAAUGCCCAUCAGAUCCAUGGAAUCAGCAGUCAUGUAACAGAGGACAAGAAACCCACAUCUCUUGUGAAGGUAGGAGAAGGAAACCAUCUCAGAAUCCAUUUGCUGAAUGCCUGAACUCUACGAGCUGCACAGGCCAGGAGAAGUUACGCAUCAUGGGAGGAAACAGAUGCUCGGGCAGAGUGGAGGUUUGGUACCGUGGUUCCUGGGGAACAGUUUGUGAUGACUUCUGGGACAUGGCAGAUGCUAACGUUGUGUGUAAACAACUGGGCUGUGGAUCUGCUGUAUCUGCCCCAGGCGAGGCUGCAUUUGGCAAGGGGACUGGUCCCAUCUGGGUGGAGAAGGUGAACUGCAGAGGAACAGAGUCAUCUCUCUGGGACUGUCCUGCCAUGCCAUGGGGUGAGAGUAACUGUGAUCAUAAGGAAGAUGCUGCUGUGAAUUGCUCGGGUGUGACAGAAACAACAGCUUCACCAGAUACAACAGCUACCCCACGCCCCCCUCUGACCGACAGUGGGAGAGUCACGGUGCCUGUUGUCAUCUGCAUUAUCCUGGGAGUCCUUCUCUGUCUGCUGUUAAUCAUUCUGGUUGUGCAGGUGCAGAGGGCCAGGGCACAGCACAGAGGUGCCACAAGACCCUCAGAUCCCGUGUAUGAGGAGAUUGAUUAUAACCUGAUGGGAGAGAAGCAGAUAUUGGGUCACUCAGUCUCCUAUGCAGAGGAUUCAGUGACGAAACUGCAGUAUUACACCGGGGACAGUGAGGGGGGAAACGAUUCUGGAUCAGAACAAGAGGGAGCUUCCCCUGGGGGGUCUCAAGUGGAUUACGAUAACGUGGAGGAGCCUGCGUUGAAUGAUGACCCCCAGACUCCAGAUGACCAAGAGGGCUCUGCCUUGCCUGGAGAUGUCCCUGGGGAUAGUUAUGAUGAUGUCAGAGAAGUUUCUGACCCUGAAGAUGAUCCUGGUUCAGGGCAGUGUGCCCAAGAAGUUACUUGGGCCCCUCGGGAGAGUGACAGGAAUAGGGAUUCACAGAGAGAUUGGAAUCUGCACUCCCUAAGAAAUGAAGGGGCCUCAGGGACUGAGAGAGAGAGCCCAUUCCCGCCUCCUGAAGACCCAAGUUAUGAUGACGUUGAAGCUGGCAUCCCUGAGACAUCAAUAUAAGAAUGACUGAGUUCCAAUCAAAUAUCAUGUGAGGAUGUAAAUGCUGUAUGAUUAGACUCUUUCUCUUCUGAAUGCUAACUGGGCAUGGGGGCAUCAGAGAUAG